AUGGACCCGGCCUCGCCUGCGGACCCGGCCGCCUCCUGCUCGGCCUCCGCCUCCGCCUCCGCCUCUGCGGCGGCGGCGUCGGGGGACGUCGCCGCGAUGCUGCCGGACUCGCCGCCGCGGCGCGGGGCGGGGCACCGCCGCGCGCAGUCGGAGAUCCUCCUCGGGGGCGCCGCGCUCCCCGACGACCUCACCUUCGACGCCGACCUCGGCGUCGUCGGGGAGGCCUGCGUGGCCGGCGACGAGGACGAGGAGGACGACGACGAGGACGAGGAAGGGGGCGGCGGAGCUGGCGGCAGCCGGAUGUUUGAGAUGUUCCUCGAGAACGGCGGCACGCUCCCCGGGCCGUCGGAGCCCUCGGCGCACCCGCAUCCGGCGGCGACGCCGACGCCGCCGCCGCGGCCACGGCACCAGCACAGCAUGUCGAUGGACGGCUCCACGUCCCUGCUUGGAUCCGCCGCCGCGGGGACGCCUGGGAGGGCGGGCGCUGACGCCAAGAAGGCCAUCUCCGACGCUAAGCUCGCCGAGCUCGCGCUCGUUGACCCCAAGCGCGCCAAGAGGAUUUUGGCAAACCGCCAGUCAGCUGCUAGGUCAAAGGAAAGAAAGAUGCGCUACAUUGCAGAGCUUGAAAGGAAAGUACAGACUGUCCAGUCAGAAGCAACUACACUAUCAGCUCAGCUGGCCAUGUUGCAGCGAGAUACCAGUGGUUUGACAAGUGAGAAUAGUGAUCUGAAGAUACGUGUGCAGACAAUGGAGCAGCAGGUUCGGCUGCAGGAUGCUCUGAACGACAGGCUAAGAGACGAGAUUCAGCAACUGAAGGUUGCAACAGGACAGGUAAAUGCCAACAUUGGAAAAAUGGGAAACUUUGGUAUGUUCUCAUUUGGAGGCAAUCCACAAAGUUACCAGCGCAGCCAUAUACAGUCCCUUCUGGCUGCUCAGCAGCUGCAGCAGCUCCAGAUCCACUCCCAGCAUCAGCAACAGCAGACGCAUUUGCAGCAGCAGCAGCAGCACCAGUUGCUGCAGGAGGCGCAUCCAUUCCCGGUGGACCUAAAGAUGAGAGGAUUUGCCACGUCAUCACAUGCUCAAAAUGCAGGCGCCUCAGACAGCCAUGCUGUCAAGAGUGAACCCUGA